CUCACGAUUAACGCCAUUACGCAGUAGGCACGCGUAUGAUCAAUAUGUCCACGUGACCUGUCGUCUGUGCUACUGUCUGUGUCUAUAUUUCACCCGUACCUACUGGUCGCGUAAAUGCAAAUGCAAAAUGUGGAAACGUUUGUGUUGGUCUAAUAUAUUAUUUUGUGGUUAGCUGUGUAUUAUGUUUUUACAAUGCCUGCAUCAAUUGGCGUUAAUUUACGUGUCACUGGCCACUGCAGCCAAGGCGGUAGAAAGUAUAUGGAAGAUUUGUUUUCCGUUGCGUAUCAACAAACUGAAGAUGAGCGGGAUUUGGAGUAUGCCUUUUUUGGAAUAUACGACGGCCACGGCGGGGGCGAGGCCGCCGCUUUCGCGAAGGAGCAUCUCAUGGACUCUAUAGUGAAGCAGCGUCAGUUCUGGUCGGACAAUGAUGAGGAUGUUUUAAAAGCAAUUCGAAAUGGUUACAUGUUGACCCACUUGAACAUGUGGAAAGAAGUAGAGAAUUGGCCAAAAACUGUGACAGGUUUGCCGAGCACGGCUGGAACUACAGCCAGUGUUGCAUUUAUACGGAGAGGCAAAAUAUACAUUGGCCAUGUUGGGGAUUCUGCUAUUGUGCUGGGUUACCAAAAGGAUGAUUCAGAAGAAUGGGCCGCAAAACCUUUGACUUCGGACCAUAAGCCCGAGUCAACAGCAGAGAUUGAACGCAUACAGCGAUGCGGCGGCAAGGUCAUAUCCAAGGCUGGGGUGCCCCGUGUUGUGUGGAACAGACCCCGUCCGGGUCACAAAGGACCCAUCAAAAAGACGACCCCCAUGGAUGAGAUACCCUUUCUGGCAGUGGCUCGGUCACUAGGUGACCUGUGGAGCUACAACCCGCAGAAUGAUGAAUUUAUUGUCAGCCCUGACCCUGAUGUUGGGGUGCUGACUAUUGACCCUACCAAGUUUAGGUGCCUUAUUUUCGGCACGGACGGCUUGUGGAACAUGAUGUCUCCGGAGGGAGCCGUGGCCCUGGUGCAGGCCACGGAGAAGCACAACGAGGCGGCGCUGGUGGGCGGCGGCACGCAGCCGCGCGACUGGCUCAACCCCUCCAAGAGCUUGGUGGACCACGCGCUCGAGAGAUGGUCGAACACGCGCAUGCGCGCCGACAACACGUCCGUGGUGACGCUCAUGCUGGACCCGCCCGGUCCGCCGCGCGCCACCGUGCUGCGCUCCCGCACCGCGCACAAGCCGCCCGCGCCCGUGCCCGCCGCCGCGCCCGCUUCCGCGCCCUCGCCCGCCGCCGCGCCCGCGCCGCCCGACGAGCCCGAGGACGACUCCGCCCGCCAGGUGCCGCAGAACGGCCUCACCAUCAUGACGCGCUACUCGGACGCGGAGAACCGGCCGCCCGCGCCGCCGCCGCCCCCCGCGCCCCCCGCGCCGCCGCCCGCCGCCGACGCGGAGCGCGCGCCGCUGCCGCCCUGCGCCUCGCUCGACGGCCGCUUCUCCGCGCCCGACGCCGCCGACGCCGACGCCAUCUGCAACUACGGCAACCCCGCCGAGUCCUUCUUCAUGGCGCGCCUGCUCAACCGCUCGCGCGUCGUCAACACGCUCGGCGCCGUGCACGACGAGAUCCUGCACGGCGCCGCGCCCGCGCCCGCGCCGCCCGAGCGCGCGCCCCCGCCCCCGCCCGCCACCGAGCUGCCCGCGCCCGCGCCCUCCCCGCCGCCCGCGCCGCCCGCCGACGGCGGCAUCCAGAUCAACGAGGUGUCCUCCAGCUCGCCCGCCGACGCGCCGCCGCGCCGCCCGCGCCGUUUCCGCGCGCCGCCCGCCUCGCACGACCGCGUGCUGCGCUCGCACCACGAGCCCGAGCGCCCGCGCACGCGCCUCACCGCCACGCGCGCGCGCUCGGCGCCGCCGCCGCCCGCCGCCGCGCCCGCGCCCGCCACCGAGCCCGCGCCCGCCGCCGCGCCGCUCGAGCGCGUGGUGGUGCUGGCGCGCCGCGCCGCGCCCGAGCCCGCGCCCGACGGGCCGCGCCGCGCCACGCGCUCGCAGGCGGUGCGCGACAGUCGCGGCGCGGGAAACUGCCCCCGCGCCCCGGGGCCGGUGCGGCGGGCCCCGGCGGCGCGGGCGGAGGCCAAGGAGAACCUCGGCGUCGCUCGCCGCCGCGCGCGCGCGGGCGCCGGGCGCGCGUCGCCGCCGCCGCGCCGCGCCGGUAGCGAGCCCGAGGUGCACUCGACGACGGGCGAGCGCGCGCUGCGGUCGCGCAACGAGCCGGCGGCGCCCGAGCCGCGCGCCGGCAAGCGCGCGCGCGCCGCCGACGCGCCGCCGGCCGCCAAGCUGGCGCGGCUGGGCAAGCGCGCGUCGGGCCCGUGGGCGCCGGCGCCGGCGCUGCGCAGCCGCCUGCGCCGCCGACUCGCCAAGUAGCCGCCGCGGCCGCCGCGGCGCUCGACCAGCGAGAGAUCCAAAGAUGACUGCGAGGUAUACGGUAGAGUUCUGUUGUUAUUUAGUUGUUGUCUCGUCGUAACAAUAGUACAAACGAGUAGUUCGCAUAGUUAACUAGUGAAAUGAAAGCGUGGACCAGCGUAUAUAAUAUUUGCCAGAUAUUUAUUUUGUCUAUAUUUGUACGAUCUGUCGGUGCGAGUGAAAAUGUAAUUUUCACGGCGUGACGUCGAACCAGAGGCUACAUGGGAAGACCGCGAGCCGAUACGUUUGUUGGAGUCGGUUAGCCAAAAUAUAAAUACUAUAGAAUACCAAGAGUGCUUUUCAUAAAAAAAUAAGUAAAGUUAAGAAUAGAAGAUAUAUUCAUAUAUGCAGAAUAUUUUUUGUACAGUUGUCACCAAAAUAAUUGUGUAAAUUAAACAUAAAAAAAUAUUUUUUUGUAUGCGAGCGCAUCGUAAUUUUAAGAAUCAGAAGUUAUUCUUUUAAGAAAGGAAUUAUUUAUGUAUUUCCUAAAGCUUUAUUAAGUUUGGUAUUUCCAUACAGACUACGUCAAUUAAGUGAUACAUAACUAUUUCACAAAGACCAUUCAGGGUUGUAGAAGUUGUAUCUGGUAAUUCCUCAUUACGAAUUUCAUAUACCUUUAAAUUGCCAUAAUUAUUGAAUAAACUCUGAAAAAUAAUAAAAGUUUCAAGUACUUGAGCUCAUACCUAUCUUGUUUUUUUCUCGGAACAUAGUCUUUUUCGAAAUAUCGUUUAAAACAAAUGUAUAUGUGAGCACGGACGGGACCACAACGAUGACGUCACGUCCCGUCGCCAUUUCGUCCGUGUCUUAGCCCCGAUUGUUUAUAGAUAGAGACACACAGAUCUACUCAGUGGCGUGCAUAAAAUUUGUAACUAGGGUAACCACUAUAAGUAAAAAUUGGAAAUUCCUUGUCCAACUAUUAGACUACAAGCCCUUGAAAAAAAUUUAACUAUGAAAUGAACCAACGUGAAUAACGCUUAGAAGGCUGCUACUAUAUCAGAAAAUAACUCUGAGCACUAUGCUGAAAUUUCUGAGCGGUACAAGUGUGUACACGAGUUGACGGAAUUUCUCAGGUACAAAUGAUGAAUUACGACUAAUUAUUGAUGUACGGCUUUGAGUGUUAAAGAUAAUUAAAAAUAAAUGUUGAAAAACCUAAUGCUGUACUAAAGUGGUGGUGCCGGAAGUCAGUACAAAAUUUUUAUUCCCCGAUAAUGGGGAUGAUGACUAGGUUUGAAUAUAUUAAUUUGUAUGAUACAUUCGGGUAAAUAGGGUCAAUGUUAACUAAUUUAUACAUAAAAAGCAAAGAUUGUCUGGAUAUUUGCAAAAUAAAUGAGAUUAUAAAAUUUCAAAAACUAUUAAAAAUAUUUUAUCGUAAUUAGAUGAAAAUUCAUUCAGUUUUAGCUUCAUUACAUUAAAUGUGACAUUUUUUAAUAAAUGAACUAUAAGCAUAAACGCACAAAUAACAAAGAUAUUAGUUAUUUUGUUUGAACACGCAUACAAAUCUAACGAUCAUUACAUUGCCUAUGACGUCAUUAUUUCGAGCCAUUUUGUAUGGGGCGUUUUUCAGGGAUCCGCGGCAGCGCCGCAAAUCUGACUUUUUAAAUCCCUGUAGCUCCGAAAUUAAUGAUCGCAGAUACCCUGUUCCUUUUACAAAAUUACUUUACUAUUAAUAUACUCUUAAUUUAUAUACAAUUUAAAAAACUGUCAUCAUGCCUAUUGCAGAAGCAAUUUAGGUAAUUUAAUACUGUACGGCAUUUGUGUAAUUCCUUUUGUACACAUAUAUGGAUACUUUACCCGUAAACGCCGUACAUAUUUCCACCCCUCUCAUGCUGAGAGAGACUCGUGCUCAACAAUGAGCCGAAUAUGGCUUAAUGAUGAUGAUGACGAUGAUGCUACAACAAGCUAAAUGGUCUUUGUGAGAUAGUAUUACACCAAAGCAAAUGUUUGCUUCUUUCCAUUAACAAAAAAUAUAUAUAACCGUCUACAAAUUGGCCUUCAAUAUGUUUGCAACAACAUAACUCUUGGUGCUUACAAUGAUGUUUAUACCGAAUCUGUCCUUUUAUUAUCUGUGACCAUUACCAUCUCUUUUCUUUGUUAUUGUCGAAGUAAUGUUAGAAACAUACUUUUAACACGUGACGUCAAUAAAAUUAAUUAUUUUCAUCACUGAUUUUAUAAAACGGAUUUUUUAAGGAAAGACGGCUUAAGUAGCUUUCCGAGGCAUAGGAUUGUAAGACGUUUAUACAACUGACUUCCCAACACUGGACUUAAAGAACUUUCAAAUGAACAAAUGACCAAAACCAUGUUAAAGUUAUUAACGCCUACCUGUGGUUAAUUUAUUAUUUUAUUAUGCAAAUGAUAUAGUAUAUUUGCAAGUUAUUUUCCAGAAUUUUUUAUAGAUAAACUUAGUUAAAUGGUUACCAAUUCUUAUGAACCAAAAAGAUAAUAUUGAAAAUAAACAGUACAUUGAGGUACUUCUUGAUGUUGUUAUUUUAAGUUUUAAUUUAAUUCACUGUAUUAUUUUGCGCUAAUCUACAUUGGAGUAGUAUGGUGGGUCUAAGCUCCAUGGGCCUAUGCGCUUCAGUGGUUGAAACUUGGAUGAUGACACUAUCCUGUUGCAUAAUAACAAUGCAUAUUGGACGCGUAGCGUGUUAAAAGUAUGUCACCACCUUAAUUAUUUAUUGUGAUUACGGAACCAUUGAUUUUAUAGUAAUGACCAAAAGCGGUUUGUUUUACUGCACUUUGUUGUGUAAUUAAUUUUAAUAUAAAAAUAAAAUAAUAAUAAUAUUUAAAAAAAACCAACUCUGUUAUCAAACACGAUAUCAAAUAUUAUAUAUAUUUAAUAAUUAAUAAUUAAGAGGUGUUUUUUCUUACUAUAUUAUUAUUAAUAUUUGUCCAAGUUUUGUACAUAAAUAUAUGUACAUGUUUAAGGGAGAAAUAAAUAAUAUGUAAUAUACAUAUAAUGUGCCUCAUUGUUACCGACUUAACAAAAAAACAUAAGAGAAAAAAACGUGUUCUUUGAUAAUAUGAGAUAUUAUGUAUUUUUUAUUGAGAGUAAAUUUUAUGAAGUGUAAGUUAGAUAAGUAAAAGAUUAUAUAAUAUAAUUUGUUAAGCUAUAUAUAUAUAUGUUAAGGUUUUUUUUUUUAGUGAAUUCCACAAAACCAAAACUCGGAGAAAUAUGUAUGGGAGUCGUUCGAAUAUAGCAGGGUCCCGAUUACUUUAUGUACCACUUAAGACCUCAUAGUGCAGUCAGGGGUCUUGCAGCUGAGAUAAAUAAAUUUAAUUAUUAUUAACUAUUAUCGUUUAUUUUACUAACUAGUGCCGCCAUGUUUAUUUUUGCCACCAAUCAGCACUGCUGUACUUCGCACUGAAUGACUUGGCAUCCGGUUCAUAUAAAGCCUCAUGCGGCACAAGCCUGAAGUAAAGAUACAGGGUGAAACUUUUUUUUAACUGACUUCAAAAAAAGAGGAAGUUCUUAAUUCAAAGCGUAUGUUUUUUUUAAUUUUUUUUAUGUUUGUUACCUCUUAACUUCGUCAUUUAUUAACCAAUUUUGAAAAUACAUUUUUGUUGACAGAGUAUACUUCCAGAUGACCAAUCUGGAAGUAUACUCUGUCAACAAAAAUGUAAUUAACAUUAACAUUACAUUUUCAUGAAAAUAUGUUCUGUAAUAUUGUGUUCAAAUCAAAAUAAGUGAAAUACGUAUAUCUAUAAGUCGGUUAAAUUUUUAUUUGAAAGAGAUAUUUAGCGGACGGGUUCUUUGUAUGCUCUGCUGCGAAGUGUUGGUUCGGUUUAUGUUUGCUUUGGUUGAAUUAUUGCUAUAAUUAUACGUAUAUUAUUUACAGAAAUAGGGUGGCAUAUUUCAUCAAAUAAAGUAGUGAAAAAAAGAUUAUUAAUGCAAAGAAAGUUACAUUUAUUUGAGCCUUGGACGAACUUAGACUUUGUCUAUUAAUAUUUUUUGGUACUGUAAUAAUAAUUAAAUUUAUUAUUUUGAUUAUUCAAGAGGAUUGCUAUUGCUGGGUAAAAUCGGGUAUCAAUAAUAUAAUAUUAAUUGGGAAACACUGCAAUCAUAUAUUUUUUUUUAAUUUUAAAAAAUUGCAUGAGUAAUGUUAAUUAUAUUAACAAAUCUUUAUCGAGAACUAAUGUUUAAAAUUAAAUUAACAAAGGUUUUUGUAAAAAAUAAAAUUAUAUAUUUGGAGAGUUUUUUUAUUGUAGCGGAAAUUAAAAAAAAUUUAAUAUUAAUUUAUUCUUAACAUAUCUUACGAUUUUACGUAAAUAAUAUUAUUGUGUUCUGCGGUGGUUAGAUUGUGUUAGGGGUUUAAAUUGGGUCGUAUUUUUUGCCGGUCUAUGUAAAAAGGAAUUGAAUAUUAUGUAAUGAUUAUAUUGUUAAACCAAAGUUUGAGAUUUUUGGGCUGUACUGACUUCAUUGGCGUGCAUAGAUAGUGUGCCUAGGCGGUAUAAACCGAAUAUGAACAGUUACCAAUAUGGAAGUAAAAGUUAUAGGCUACACAGCUCUCAAAAAGAUUUUUAUCAGUUCUCAUGAUGUACAAGUAAAGUAAAAAAAAAAUACUUUAAUGUAACCAGCGUUUCUGUAGUUCUCUAAUUGCAUUCAAAUAUUAUUUUAAAGCAUUACUGAAUUUUUAACCGACUUCAAAAAAGGAGGAGGUUACCAAUUCGUCGGAAUCUUUUUUUUAUAUCAAUGUGACACACGAUAAAACUAUGUAUCGGAAAUGACGUGCAGGUGAAAUUAAAUAGUAUACAUAUGAAAGUGUAUACGUCACGGGGCACGGACGGAUCGGCGACGUCCGUCCGUUCCGUCGAGUCCGUCGCCGCCCCGUUCCGUUGCGUCCGUCCCGUCGCCGCUCUGUUCCGUAUGCAGCUACCUUUAAAAUUGUCUUAAAUACCUAUAUUGUUUAUAGACCGGCAAAAAAUAUAUUUAAUUAAAAAUCAAUUUAUGAAACGAGCCUACUUGAAACGGAUUUUACAAUUGAUCGUGCAUUACUAAAAAUAUAUAGAUAUAUACAGUUUGAGUCGUGUAGGUCUGAAUUGUGUAUGUAAUACGAACUUUUUGGUCGAGUCAUUGAAGAAGAUUCCCAUACAAUGUUAUAAAAGAUCUACUAUUUUUGUUCAGCAAUUAAAGUCAUACGACGGAUGUGUUAAGUUUGCAUUGUUACACAAGUAUAUAGCUUGACAAGAUCGUUGAUGACACUCCCAUGGUAUGCGGGCGACGGGGGGAAGGACUGCGCGGUAUGAAGUCGUGCGCGCGGGGCAUCGCUACCCCCCUCCCGGCCCGCGCAGACCUUCAGGAGAAUUACGAACGAAUUUGCCAAGCUAUAGUAUGCGCGAAAAUUCUAAUCCUCUCUGGACACGAGGCGUAUGGUUGCGCAGUGUAUAAAAACAUACACGUACAUACGCAGUUCUGUAUCAGAAUGGACAAGAAAUUUGGCGAAUACUUUACUGAAAUAUAAAGAUGGGUCUCCACGAGCAUGCAUGCAAUUUAUUUUUAAAUAUCUUUGUAAUCGCAUUUUGAGAAUGAUGAAUUUAGCAGUUUUUAACACUGUAAAAGUUCGAACCUAAUUAUAAUUAAUUAUUCUAUUUCAGUACAUGUUAUGGAUUAUGAUAGUCUAGGUUCGAACUUAAUAGGUACAAAAACUUAUCUGUACUAUGGUUUUUAAACUAACGUUUAAUAUAAAGAUACUGCAACAAUACGGAACAUUCUCAACGUUUUAAAUUUUGAUUUUAGUUACUAAUGGCGUACGCCACUAUCGAUGCUUUGGUAUUCCGUACAUUCUAAAUGUUUUAAAUUCCGAAUUUUGUUUCUAAUAGCAUUAGUUUCAAAUGGUAAGCUAGAUUUAUGCUUUGGUUUUAGUAUAAUCUAACGUUUUGCACUUCGAAUUAUAUAUUGAAAUGGCAUACACCAUAGGAAUCUAAUGUUUUAGCUUUCAGUGCACUCAACGUUUUAAACUUCGAUUUUAGUUUUGAAUGGCGUACGCCACGAGCAAUUUUGGUAAUCCGUAUAUUCUUAAUGUAUUUAAUUUCGAAUUUAGUUUCCAAUGGCAUUAGUUUCAAAUGGUACCUACGCCACGAGUAAUGUUUUGGUUUUAGUAUAUUCUUAACGUUUUGCACUUCGAAAUUAAUUUUGAAAUGGCGUACACCAUAGGAAACUAAUGUUUUAAUUUUGAAUGGCGUACGCCACGAGCAAUGUUUUGGUAUUCAGUUCAUUCUCAAUGUUUUAAACUUCGAUUUUAUAUGGUAAUUUCGUUGAUGACACUCCCAUGAUAUGCGGGCCACGAGGGGAAAAACUGCGCGGGAGUGAAAUCGUGCGUGCGGGGAAGUGAGGCGCGUCAGUUGUGGGUUUUUAAUUCAUCGUCGCUACACGUCCCCCGGCCCGCUCCCGCAUCGGGAGUGUUACGAACGAAGUUGCCAAGCUAUAGUUUCGAAUGGCGUACGCCACGUACAGUUAAGUAUAUGAAACUUGUUUGCUCGAGUAUGUACUUGUGUCGACGUGGGAAUUAAGUUGGAUUGUGAUGAAUAAUAUGGUGGUUACAGUAGACUUAACAGUAGGAAAGCAAAAUGGGGUAAUGCUGAAACAAAUUUACACCUAUACAUAUUAAAUACCUAUUGAAGUAAAGUUAUUAUUGUAGACUUUAUUUUUUGAUUUAAAUAAAGUUUGUAUGAAAAUAAAA